UUGGUCGGGGGGGGGGAGGUCAGGCCAAGAAGAAUUUGGUUUAAUCACACAGGAUAUUGUACUAAUCUGCAGAUCAUGGCUGACUUUGACCUGGUGCUGAAGUAUUGGGGUCCAGUGGAGGCGAACUACUUGGCCUAUGGGAACCUGGUUCUGAGCCGCUUAUUCGCAGAGCACCCGGAUACCCAGAAGCUGUUCCCCAAGUUCGCCGACAUCGCCCAGGGUGACUUGGCUGCUGACGUGGCAGUUUCUACCCUCGGUGCCACGGUGCUGAGGAAGCUGGGCGAGCUGCUGAGGGCCAAAGGCAGCCACGCCGCCCUCCUCAAGCCUCUGGUCGACAUCCACGGCAACAAGCACAAGAUCCCCAUCAACAACUUUAGGCUGAUUGCAGUGGUCGUCGGUAAAGUCCUGGGAGAGAAGGCCGGGCUGGACGCCGCCGGGCAGCAGGCCCUGAGUAACGUGAUGGCCGUCGUCAUCGCGGACAUGGAGGCUGAAUACAAACAGCGGGGCUUCACCGUCUGAAAGUCACACAAAGUCAGAGCAGGGUCAGAUGACAGACAAGGAAAUGGUUCACCUGCAAGAUUAAAUAUUAUAAUAAUUAAAAAUGGGUUGAUCUUCUGUACACAUACAUCAACUAAAAGCCAAUGAAAGUAUAUCCAGCACAGCAGCACCAAGAAUGACAGCCUCAUGUAUUACUAUAGAAUUAAGGAUCAUAGGAGAGAGAGAGAGAGAGAGAGAGAAGGUUUCAGUGUAAUCUUUCGUUCUUAUUUCAGUCAAAUGAGAUUGAUCUCUUCUCUUCUCUUGACUAACAACUGUAUAAACACUUUGUCAAAUAUUACCAAUACAAUCUAAAUAAAAGCCAUGGCUCUACU